ACACCCGCGCAUGCGCACCGCCGUCCCUCCCUUCCCUCCGCAGUAGGACCAGUUGAAAGGCGCACAGGAGCGCCCAGAACAUUCCAUUUCAGGCCCGGAAACAGCAGGGAGGAGGGAGGGGGGAGAGAGGAGAGAGGAGAGAGGGCCGAUGGCCGCCAUGACCUACGGGAAGAUCUUCGUGGGCAUCUACGUGGAGAUCAAGCGGAGUGACGGUCGCAUCCACCAGGCGAUGGUCACCUCGCUGCACGAAGACAACGACAGCGUGACGGUGGAGUGGAUCGAGAACGGCGACACCAAAGGGAAGGAAGUGGACUUGGAGAGCAUCUUCGGCCUGAACCCAGACCUAGCCCCCGAGGAGGAGGUGCCAGCCAGUCCAGAGGCUCCUCCUCCUCCUUCCAGUGGGGCCAAGACCAGCAAAGUCCCCAAAACCCGACGAGUCACGGCCAUUCCCAAACCUGAGAACAGCCAGCGGGAGAACCGAGCCGCGGCGGUGGGAACCACUCGGGCCCGUCCGAGCCAGCACAGCCAGGCCGCCGAGCCCCCUCCCCCGUCCAUCGCCGCCCAGCCCGCCGCCGCUGCCAACCAAUCGCUGCUCCAGCUGCAGAACGCACGCAGGAAGUCCAACUGCGUGAAGGAAGUGGAGAAGCUGCAGGAGAAGCGAGAGAAGCGGCGACUUCAGCAGCAGGAACUGAGGGAGAAGAAAGCUCAGGAAGUGGACGUCAACUUGCCAAACUACGAGAUCAUGUGCAUGAUCCGAGACUUCCGGGCCAGUCUGGACUACCGACCUUUGACCUCCAAUGACCUGAUCGAGGAACACCGGAUAUGCGUGUGCGUGCGUGCGCGGCCCCUCAACAAAAAAGAGUUGACCGUCAAGGACUUGGACGUGAUCACCAUUCCCAGCAAGGACGUGGUGAUGGUCCACGAGCCCAAGCAGAAGGUGGACCUGACCCGCUACCUGGAGAACCAGACGUUCCGCUUCGACUACGCCUUCGACGAGAACUCCACCAACGAAAUGGUCUAUAGGUUCACAGCCCAACCGCUGGUGGAGACCAUCUUCGAGCGAGGAAUGGCGACCUGCUUUGCGUACGGGCAAACAGGAAGUGGGAAAACUCACACGAUGGGAGGGGACUUCUCCGGGAAGAACCAGGACUGCUCCAAAGGGAUCUACGCCUUGUCAGCCCGAGACGUCUUUGUCAUGCUUAAGAAACCCAUCUACAAGAAGCUGGACCUCCAGGUCUUCGCCACGUUUUUCGAGAUCUACAGCGGGAAGGUAUUCGACCUCCUGAACCGCAAAGCCAAGCUGCGGGUCCUGGAGGACGGCAAGCAGCAGGUGCAGGUGGUAGGGCUGCAGGAGCGCGAUGUCAAAUGCACGGAGGACGUCCUCAAGCUCAUCGAAGUGGGGAACAGCUGCAGGACGUCCGGUCAGACCUCGGCCAACGCCCACUCGUCCCGCAGCCACGCCGUCUUCCAGAUCAUCCUGCGACGCCGAGGCAAGAUGCACGGAAAGUUCUCGCUCAUCGACCUGGCCGGCAACGAGAGGGGCGCCGACACGUCCAGCGCCGACCGCCAGACCCGCCUGGAAGGGGCCGAGAUCAACAAGAGCCUGCUGGCCCUCAAGGAGUGCAUCCGAGCUCUGGGUCGGAACAAACCCCACACUCCCUUCCGAGCCAGCAAGCUGACCCAAGUGCUUCGGGACUCCUUCAUCGGGGAGAACUCUCGGACGUGCAUGAUAGCCACCAUCUCUCCCGGCAUGGCGUCCUGCGAAAACACCUUGAACACGCUCCGAUACGCCAACAGGGUGAAGGAGUUUGGGAUCAGUCCUUCAGACAUUCCCUUCUCACAGAGCGGUGGACGUGCGGAGCUCUCUCCGACUUACGACGCCAAGGAGCUGUCGGUGGAGCCGGCGGCCGUGAUGGACGUUGAUCUGGAAGGACACGGCAACCAGCUGGAGGUCCUGGAGGCCCAAUGGGGCGUGGGGAGUUCUCCGCAGAGAGACGACCUGAAGCUGCUCUGCGAGCAGAACGAAGAGGAGGUUUCCCCGCAGCUCUUCACCUUCCACGAGGCCGUCUCGCAGCUGGUGGAGAUGGAGGAGCAGGUUCUGGAGGACCACAGGGCCGUCUUCCAGGAGUCCAUUCGCUGCCUGGAGGACGAGAAGGUCCUGCUGGAAAUGACGGAGGAGGUGGACUACGACGUGGAGUCCUACGCCACGCAGCUGGAACAGAUUCUGGACCAGAAGAUCGACAUCCUGACCGAACUGAGAGACAAGGUGAAGUCCUUCCGCUGCACGCUGCAGGAGGAAGAGCAAGCCAGCCAACAAAUCACCCCCAAGAGGCCUCGUGCACUUUAGACACACCCACCGGCCCAAAGACCCAAAGGCCACCAGCUCGCCCAGAUUUAAAGGCCUACUGAAAUGAGAUGUUCUUAUUUAAACGGGGAUAGCAGGUCCAUUCUAUGUGUCAUACUUGAUCAUUUCACGAUAUUGCCAUAUUUUUGCUGAAAGGAUUUAGUAGAGAACGACGUCGAUAAAAUUUGCAACUUUUGGUCGCUAAUAAAAAAGCCUUGCCUGCACCGGAAGUAGCAGACGAUGUGCGCGUGACGUCACGGGUUGUGGAGCUCCUCACAUCCUCACAUUGUUUACAAUCAUGGCCACCAGCAGCGAGAGCGAUUCGGACCAAGGAAGCGACGAUUUCCACAUUAAUUUGAGCGAGGAUGUAAGAUUCGUGGAUGAGGAUAAUGAGAGUGAAGGACUAGGAAAAAAAAAAAAGGUGAGGGCAGUCAGAGCGAUUCAGAUGUUAUUAGACACAUUUACUAGGAUAAUUCUGGAAAAUCCCUUAUCUGCUUAUUGUGUUAGUGAAGUGAAUUAUAUUUAUAUAGCGCUUUUCUCUAGUGACUCAAAGCGCUUUACAUAGUGAAACCCAAUAUCUAAGUUACAUUUAAACCAGUGUGGGUGGCACUGGGAGCAGGUGGGUAAAGUGUCUUGCCCAAGGACACAACGGCAGUGACUAGGAUGGCGGAAGCGGGAAUCGAACCUGCAACCCUUUGAGUUGCUAGCACGGCCAAUCUACCAACCGAGCUAUGCCGCUAGUGUUUCAGUGAGAUCAUAUGGUCGUACCUGUACAACCUGAAAGUCGGAGGGGUGUGGCGAGAUGUGGUGACCGCCAAUGUCUCCGAACGGCCGGGCUGAGAUUUUUUAUUUUUUCCCUCCUCCACGGUGGAAGCAUCCGACGGUCGGGGGCGGGCGGUGGGAGGAGGCAAGAGAGUCCGCAGCUGUUUCUUUGAAAUGCGCAGGAGGAACGACGCAAGCUCUCCGCUCAUGUCUACGGCAAGAGCCGACUUAUUACCACCAUUUUCUCACCGAAACCUGCCGGUUGACAUGUGGUAGGGAACCGUGUUCGCUUGACCGCUCUGUUCCAUAGUAAAGCUUCACCGUCAUCUUUCGGGAACGUAAACAAGGAAACACCGGCUGUGUUUGUGUGGCUAAAGGCGGCCGCAAUACACCGCUUCCCACCUACAGCUUUCUUCUUUGACGUCUCCAUUAGUAAUUGAAGAAAUUGCAAAAUAUUCCGCAACACAGAUGUCAAUAAUACUGUGGAAUUAUGCGAUAAAAACAGACGACUCAUAGCUGUGAACGGUGCUGGAACCAGAUGUCCUCUACAAUGCGUGACGUCACACGCACACGCGUCAUCAUACCGCGACGUUUUUGCAGGAUACUUCCACGCAAAAUUUAAAAUUGCAAUUGAGUAAAUUAAACCGGCCGUAUUGGCAUGUGUUGCAAUGUUAAUAUUUCAUCAUUGAUAUAUAAACUGUCAGACUGCGUGGUUGGUAGUAGUGGCUUUCGGUAGGCCUUUAAGAGCUCCUGUCGUACCCCCGUCUUCUGUGCGUGGUCUGGUCAACGCCUCAUUGCUGGGCAUCGUCUAGCCCUGCUGUCUGUCCUCCAGGGCAACGACGUCUUUGACUUAUUCUUUGUUUUUCGCUACUAGCCGGAGGGAAAAAAAAAAAAAAAAGUACUGUACUUGUACGUUAAACCUGCGACCCGCGUUGAACAUAUCGGUGGAAAACAUGACCUGCCAACAGGGAAAAGGGUGACAGCAAAUACAGUGGGACCUCGAUUUACCAACUUGAUUGGUUCUUGAACAGGGUUUUUAAAUGGAAAAGUUUGUAUAGUGAAAAAGAGUUUGCCACAAGAAACGAUGUAUAUAUCAUUAAUGGCUUCCAAAAGUCCGUAUUUUAGUGACCGGUAUUCGGUACCCCCGCCCCCAUCCUUUUUUCUAACGGGCAUGGCAGCCCGUCGUCGUCACGUGGUGAUAUUGCUGGUUUUACAAGCAGAGGAGCAUGUUCGGCAGCGCGCACACACAGAGUACUUACAAGCAGACACAGUGUGUAGACAGGAAAGGGAGAAGAGACGCAUUUUGGUGUAAAAAGUCAAGAUAAAGGUGAAGUUAUAACACUGAAACACCCUCAGGAAGAGCUGCUCUACGACAUGGCUAGCUAGUUAGCGGCUAACAUCCAUCCACAGUGUUUCAGCUACUUCUAAAUCACUAAUCCUCGCCUCCAUGGCGACACAUAAAGUAAGUUUCUUACAAGUAUUAUUAUCACUGGAGGAUGAGGAAAAGCUCUAAACAUGCUUCAUUACACACCGUAGUGGGAUACAAUAGCUCACCAAUGUAAACAAAUGCCAUGGGUGGAUCUACACCUGACAUCCACUGUAAUGAUACCAAGUACUAUUGCGUAUCUAGUUUAUCGUCACAGAAACGUUAAAAAAAAAUUCAUAUUAUGUUCAUCAAGUCAGUAAAUACGUCCCUGGACACAUGAGGACUUAUGACCAAUGUAUGAUCCUGUAACUACUUGGUAUCGGAUCGAUACCUAAAUGUGUGGUAUCAUCCAAAACUAAUGCUAAGUAUCAAAGAAGAGAAGAAUAAGUGAUUAUUACAUUUUAACAGAAGUGUAGAUAGAACAUGUUGAAACAGAAAAUAAGACGAUAAAUAAAGUAAGUUUCUUACAAGUUACAUUAUCACUGGAGGAUGAGGAAAACCUCUAAACUUGCUUCACUACACACCGUAGUGGGAUACAAUAGCUCACCAAUGUAAACAAAUGCCAUGGGUGGAUCUACACCUGACAUCCACUGUAAUGAUACCAAGUACUAUAGCGUAUCUAGUUUAUCGUCACAAAAACGUUAAAAAAAAAUUCAUAUUAUGUUCAUCAAGUCAGUAAAUACGUCCCUGGACACAUGAGGACUUUGAAUAUAACCAAUGUAUGAUCCUGUAACUACUUGGUAUCGGAUCGACACCUAAAUGUGUGGCAUCAUCCAAAACUAAUGCUAAGUAUCAAAGAAGAGAAGAAUAAGUGAUUAUUACAUUUUAACAGAAGUGUAGAUAGAACAUGUUGAAACAGAAAAUAAGCCGAUAAAUAAAGUAAGUUUCUUACAAGUAUUGUUAUCACUGGAGGAUGAGGAAAACCUCUAAACAUGCUUCACUACACACCGUAGUGGGAUACAAUAGCUCACCAAUGCAAACAAAUGCCAUGGGUGGAUCUACACCUGAUAUCCACUGUAAUGAUACCAAGUACUAUACCGUAUCUAGUUUAUUGCCACAAAAACUUAAAAAAAAAAUUCAUAUUAUGUUCAUCAAGUCAGUAAAUACGUCCCUGGACACAUGACGACUUAUGACCAAUGUAUGAUCCUGUAACUACUUGGUAUCGGAUCGAUACCUAAAUAUUUGGUAUCAUCCAAAACUAAUGCUAAGUAUCAAAGAAGAGAAGAAUAAGUGAUUAUUACAUUUUAACAGAAGUGUAGAUAGAACAUGUUCAAACAGAAAAUAAGCCGAUAAAUAAAGUAAGUUUCUUACAAGUAACAUUAUCACUGGAGGAUGAGGAAAACCUCUAAACAUGCUUCACUACACACCGUAGUGGGAUACAAUAGCUCACCAAUGUAAACAAAUGCCAUGGGUGGAUCUACACCUGACAUCCACUGUAAUGAUACCAAGUACAGUAGCGUACCUAGUUGAUACUACUAUAAAUAUAUCGCUAUUUUUUAUCGUCACAAAAACUUUUAAAAAAAAAAUCAUAUUAUUUUUAUCAAGUCAGUAAAUAUGUUCCUGGACACACGAGGACUUUGAAUAUGACCAAUGUAUGAUCCUGUAACUACUUGGUAUCAGAUCGACACCUAAAUAUGUGGUAUCAUCCAAAACUAAUGCCAAGUAUCAAAGAAGAGAAGAAUAAGUGAUUAUUACAUUUUAACAGAAGUGUAGAUAGAACAUGUUGAAACAGAAAAUAAGCCGAUAAAUAAAGUAAGUUUCUUACAAGUUACAUUAUCACUGGAGGAUGAGGAAAACCUCUAAACAUGCUUCACUACCCACCGUAGUGGGAUACAAUAGCUCACCAAUGUAAACAAAUGCCAUGGGUGGAUCUACACCUGACACCCACUGUAAUGAUACCAAGUACUAUAGCGUAUCUAGUUUAUCGUCACAAACACUUUUAAAAAAAAAUUCAUAUUAUGUUCAUCAAGUCAGUAAAUACGUCCCUGGACACAUGAGGACUUUGAAUAUGACCUAUGUAUGAUCCUGUAACUACUUGGUAUCGGAUCGAUACCUAAAUGUGUGGUAUCAACUAAAACUAAUGCUAAGUAUCAAAGAAGAGAAGCAUAAGUGAUUAUUACAUUUUAACAGAAGUGUAGAUAGAACAUGUUCAAACAGAAAAUAAGCCGAUAAAUAAAGUAAGUUUCUUACAAGUAUCAUUAUCACUGGAGGAUGAGGAAAACCUCUAAACAUGCUUCACUACAAACCGUAGUGGGAUACAAUAGCUCACCAAUGUAAACAAAUGCCAUGGGUGGAUCUACACCUGACAUCCACUGUAAUGAUACCAAGUACUAUAGCGUAUCUAGUUUAUCGUCACAAAAACGUAAAAAAAAAAAUUCACAUUAUGUUCAUCAAGUCAGUAAAUACGUCCCUGGACACAUGAGGACUUAUGACCAAUGUAUGAUCCUGUAACUACUUGGUAUCGGAUCGAUACCUAAAUAUGUGGUAUCAUCCAAAAUUAAUGCUAAGUAUCAAAGAAGAGAAGAAUAAGUGAUUAUUACAUUUUAAUAGAAGUGUAGAUAGAACAUGUUGAAACAGAAAAUAAGCCGAUAAAGUAAGUUUCUUACAAGUAUUAUUAUCACUGGAGGAUGAGGAAAAGCUCUAAACAUGCUUCACUACACACCGUAGUGGGAUACAAUAGCUCACCAAUGUAAACAAAUGCCAUGGGUGGAUCUACACCUGAUAUCCACUGUAAUGAUACCAAGUACAGUAGCGUACCUAGUUGAUACUACUAUAAAUACAUCGAUAUUUUUUAUCGUCACAAAAACUUUAAAAAAAAAUUCAUAUUAUUUUUAUCAAGUCAGUAAAUACGUCCCGCCCUGCGAUGAGGUAGCGACUUGUCCAGGGUGUACACCGCCUUCCGCCCAAUUGUAGCUGAGAUAGGUGCCAGCGCCCCCCGCAACCCCUAAAGGGAAUAAGUGGUUGAAAAUGGAUGGAUGGAUGGAUAAAUACGUCCCUGGACACAUGAGGACUUUGAAUAUAACCAAUGUAUGAUCCUGUAACUACUUGGUAUCGGAUCGACACCUAAAUGUGUGGCAUCAUCCGAAACUAAUGUAAAGCAUCCAAACAACAGAAAAACGAUUAUUGUAUUUUAACAGAAGUGUAGAUAGAACAUGUUGAAACAAAAAAUAAGCAGAUAUUAACUGUAAAUGAACAAGAGGAUUAAUAAUUAUUUAUUACAGUUUGUCCCUCAUAAUGUGUAGACAAUAAUAGGUGUAUAAAUGACACAAUAUGUUACUGCGUACGACUAAUUAGGAGUCUUUGUUUGUUUACUUGCUACUAAAAUACAAGUUGACUAUUUUAUUUAAGGACUAAAUUACAAUAAUAAACAUAUCUUUCAUGAACUUUAAGAUUUUUUUUGUUAAAAUAAAGCUUAUAAUGCCAUUUUUUAUGGUUCCCUUUAUUUAGAAAAAUAUCAAAAUACAAGUUGGUACCAACUUUAAACUGAACAAAACAUAAAGUGCUUAACAUGACUACAUAUCAGACCAACAUAACAAAGGAGUAAAGAAUCCACUUUCUAUUUAUUAACGAACCUAAACAACAACAACAAGCUGAACUGUGCUGUGUGCACUGCUUCGCCAAAACGUGCACACACACAAGUCCCUUUGGUGCCUUCACAGACAAUCAGAAAUCACAAAACUCCUUAAAUUUGACAAGAAUGUUGCUACAAUAAUAAACAUUUGAAUGAGUAAUACCCACUUAAAUCAACAUCGGCAAAGGAGGAGCGGACAGGGGGCGGGGCCUUAAAAAGGUGCUGCUGAACAGCUCUUCUCGCCGCUGUGAAAUAAGUUUGCUUUGGCAUAUUUUUCCAGAAAAGUUCGGUCGCAUCACAAUUACCGUAUUUUUCAGACUACAGAGCACACCAGUAAAAAAAGCCGAAGAAAAAAAUAUGUUUACAUUUAUCAGUCGCACUGGACUAUAAGCGUUGUGGAAUGAGUUAUUCACGCAGAAGCAUUUUGUAAACAAUAAUUUACACAAAACGAUGUCUGCAACACGGCAGUAAAACGGCUGAUCAAACAAAACAUAAGACAUCGUCAUGAACCCGCUAGCUGCAAAAGCUAGCUCUCCAAUCAGCUAAACAAACUCAGUAACUCCAUGGUGACGUUAUGAAACUAAAACAAUACAAAAAGUACAUUGUAAGUUAAUAAUGCUAACACAGACACUCGUUGACGUGUUAGCAUAUUAGCUAAUGCUAACAUUACCACAGCACGUACAAAUAUGCAUGAAACCUUUCCUACAGACAUCACACAUGGGACGCUUUAGUUAUAUUAUAAAACUUACAAACGUUGCUUGGAGUGAUAAAUCAAGAAUCCACCCGAGUAGGAACGCUAUGGACGGCUAGAAUUGUACUUCCGGUGGAUUAAAAAAAAAAAAGUCUGAACAGCAAACUCGUCCAAAAGCUGGCGCCAUAGCAGAAACAAUAACACACCGUUUUAGUGCAUUUGCUUGUUUUGUUUACCUAUUUACAUCAUGAAGAAAAAUCCAUAAAUUAGCUGCACCGUUUUAAGAGGCCGCAGGGUUCAAAGCCGAGGAAAAAAAGUUGCUGCUUACAGUCCGGAAUUUACUGCUGAACGCCGAUUCUUCCAUACUUUUGAGCCCCAUUAUUGUACUCCUUGCUAAUAGUAUUUAUUUUAUUUAUUUUUAACUCCACGACAAUUUCCUCUUUCGUUCCACGCUGGUCUGUUGUCUUUUUGGGACUCAUAUUGAGUUAGCAAAACGGACAAAACUUGUCAAAAUUGUGAAAAAAAACAUAGUGACGUGGAGGGCUCCGCAUGGCCAAAGCUGCUGUGCCCUGCUUUUUGCCUGCAGGCGCAUGUCAAAAGGAAAGGUCGGAGCGUCGGUACACAGAGACACGCUUCGCACACGGAGCUCGCAAGGUUCGUAAAUCGAGGUUUUACUGUAUUUCAACGUUAGCAUGUUUUGUUUUGUUUUGAAAUGUCAUUCUUAGCCGUGUAUCCUAACAAUGUCUUGGACCAGCAGUCGCUUACACCCCCCCCCGCCCCCUCCUACUUGGAAGACUAGAAACAGCACCCGGUCAAUAGUGUCUAGAGUACCUCGGUACCAGGGAGUUAAAAAAAAAAAAAGGGUGUAUUUAUGUAUGCGACGUGAAGUUUUUUUUAGUCAAUUUUAUAAGGACAUUAAGUUUAAGUGAUUUCCAAAACCAACAAGGUAAGAGCCAGAGAAGAGCCACUAUGUUUAAUUUAUAUUGUCUGUCAUUGGUGAGCUUCGAGCUCGCACUGCAUCUAUUGGCCACUGGGGGUCACUGUAAGCAAACAUUUCCACACAGUCCAUUAAAAUGUCAUUUACUAUAAUAAACAAAGAAAGUUGGCUUAAA